UUUUUCAGUCCUCAGCCUAUUUUGUUUUUACAGUGUGGUAUUAGUACUUUUACUGAUGUAAAGUAUCUGAAUACUACCUCCACCACUGUCUAAGCCUCGAAAUAAUAUCAAUGUGUUGCCAUGAAAUGGACAUAUUUGCCUUUGUGUUAUCAAAUCAGAAGGAGAACCUGAAGGGGAUUCAACAUCGUGAGGACCUGAGCGAUGAUCUCCACUGUGAUGUGCAGCAGAGAAACGCUACAAAACGUUCAGUGCAACAAUCACAUCAGGAGCUCCGUAAGGGUCGCGCCUCGCAGGAACACCAUUCCACAGACACAGGCUCUCACUGCAAAACACCUGCUGGCAUACCUGCCCCGACCACAGUCAGAAUCAAUCCGUUACACUCCUUACACCUACAAGGCUACAGCUCAACCCGCUGUUUCUGCCAUGAUGACCACAGAAAGAGCUUCUCUCAUCCACAACUUGAACUAUACAAAGUGCUCAUCACUCCCACCGUCCCGGGAGGCUUCUCCCACCCAGACUCCCUGCAGCCAGUCCUCUCAUGCUUUGACUUGGGCCGACCAGGAGCCCCCCCAGCCGCUAACUCUCCACAUAGCUCCUCUGGAACCAAUAGAGGAGGCGCCGAAGCCUGCGCAUUCACAUCGCAACAGACACCUCAAGCGUUUCAGCUCCAGGUGGCAAUCAAGAGGCUCCAUUUGCAGCAGCAACCUUCCUGUCUCUGCAAUCGAGAAGCUGCAUGGUGCAAAGAGUCACAAGAAGAGAUGUAAGCUGCUGGGUGACGAGCACUCGUUGCAUGUUUCCGCCAGCAAUCAGCGCCAACGUUACAUCACCAAGGAUGGCAAGUGCAGGGUCAAUCUGGGACCUAUUGUAGACAAGAGUCGCUUUAUCUCAGAUAUUUUCACCACAUUAGUCGACCUCAAGUGUCGCUGGUUCCUUCUCGUCUUUACUAUGUGCUACAUUCUCACAUGGGUGGCCUUUGGUGGGAUCUACUUCUUCGGUGCCUGGUUGCGCGAUGACAUCACACAUGUUCAUGACCCUCUAUGGGAGCCAUGUUUUCAAAAUGUAGACAGUUUUCUGUCGGCCCUGCUGCUGUCAUUAGAGAGCCAGAGGACAAUUGGGUACGGCUCCAGGAUGGUGACAGCUAAUUGCCCUGAGGGUACGGUGCUUCUGAUGGUCCAGUCCAUCCUCGGCUCCAUUAUCGAUGCUCUGAUGGUGGGCUGCAUGUUUGUUAAGAUCUCCCGCCCACAGCAAAGGGCCCAGACGCUGAUCUUCAGCAAGCACUGCGUCAUAUGUCAGCGUGACGAGAAGCUGUGCCUGCUCUUCCGCAUUGGUGAUCUGAGAGCAAGCCACAUGGUGGAUGCUAAGAUCCGGGCCAAACUGAUCAAAUCCAGGCAGACCAAGGAGGGCGAGUUCAUCCCACUGGAGCAGUCGGAAAUCAACCUGGGCUAUGACUGCGGGGGAGACAGGCUGCUUCUGGUGGAACCCCAAACCAUCACCCAUGUCAUCAAUGACAGCAGCCCUUUCUGGGAGGUGGGGUCCGAGCGCUUGAAGAGGGAGACCUUUGAGAUCAUUGUCAUCCUCGAGGGCAUCGUGGAAGCAUCGGGCAUGACAUGCCAGGCGCGGACAUCCUACACAGAGGACGAGGUCCUUUGGGGCCACCGAUUUGAGUCGUGCAUUUCCUUGGAGAAAGGGGCGUUUCGUGUGGACUACAGUGCAUUUGAUAAAAUCUUUGAAGUCCAAAUGUCCCAACUCAGUGCAAAAGACAGAAGCACACUCAAGGAACAAGAAAUCAGGUUUUAGAAAAUGUGAGAACACUGAACAGUUCUUGUUUCUGUACAUUAACAUCACGUAUAAGGAGUGACUGUGAUAUUCAGCCAUAAUUUCUGUUAUUCUGUUCUAACAAGAGUUCUGUGUUUUACUUACAAUCAAUGUUGUAUUAUAAAAAUGUUUUAUCUUGUGUUUUAGAAAAUAAACAUUCUGCUGAGAGUUGUCUUUAAUUUCUGAGCAAUUGAAAAAGUAGUGUGGAAAAAAUAAACUUAACUCAAAGGCUUUUUCUGGACACUUUAACAUUAGAAGGAUAAACUCAAAGGCAUUAAAUUUCAAGGAAAACAAAAACAAUGUUCACUAUAAAGGUGUAGACUGAUGCUUAAGCUUAUUUUACCCAACCUUUUUACACAACAUAUUAACAGGCAACCAUUUCAACAAAUAAAUUGUUCUAAACCUUUUAUAUACAAUAAUUAUCAUGCUUCAAUUUCAUAUAUGUUUGUAAAUUUAUUUUUAAAC